CGCGAGCUCGUGUGUGCGGUGCUUGACAGCUUCCUGUUUCAUUAGUCAUGUAAAUGAGCAGUGAGGUAAUGUCACUUAGGUGAUGAGGUGGUUUCACGUGUUGCAGGGUGUGCUGAAAUAAAUGGUUUUUACACUUUAAAUAGGUUUACGGGGCUAUUUAAAAAAAUUAACGCAAAAAGCUGCAACAAAUCAAAGGAAAUUAAAUAUUUGAUCCACUCGACAUUUAAAAAUAUUGGUGCAUUUGAUUCAGCUUGAUUUUGGAGUUGAAAUGAUUGCAUUUCACAGUUUAGAUAAAAUAUUUCUGUUUAGCUCAUUUAGUUAAAUUCCAAGCGAGUGUUGGCUUGCUGAAAUCUGUCUUUUCUGGACGUGGUAGAGGACCUCAAUAUCCACACUAAGUCCUCAAAUUCGUGCCAAAAGCAAAAUCAAAUGAGAAAUCAUUAUUUUAGUCCACAUUUGCAAAGUCUAGAAACGUUGGGUUCUCAUGAGCUGGUUUCAGCUGCUUAGAGAUGAGGCACACUGAACAAAGACAGUAUUUCACCGGAGCCUGACAGGCAGCUGCGAAAGUAUUUACAGCCUUACUGCAAUGCGGCAAAAUGGACCCUGCACAGCAGACGAGAGGCGCAAAUGCGCACGAGAAACAUGUAAGCAACCUUCAGAUGCGUGGAUGAAUGUAUCAUGUAAAACUAUCUAAUUGAUGCAUAACCCUGCACUGAUUUUAUGUGAUGCCGUCACCAAUUGAUUUUUACUUUUACAAUAAGUGAAACAGAAUUUUUGAUAAUGACAUAAGACUUUUUUAAUUUAAACACGCGUCUUCUUAACAACAUUACAUCAAAUCUAAGACCAGAGACUACUUGUUUUAUUUUAAUUUUCAAGAAUUUAAAUAUUUGUUGGACCGUUUGUUUAAUUAUCAUUUAUAAACAAAUACAAUAUGUGUUCAAAACUCACAAUAACAGACCAGAAAUGGCAACAAUAUCCAAAACUCCUACAACAAAUAUGGAAAGUCAAAGUUUGCCUGAGCAAAGCUGCAUUUCUCUCACAAACUAUAAAUCCUUGUAAUAAAAUGUGGGAUUAAAUAAUCUGGCCUUUUUGUGUGGUCGGAUUAUUUUUCCAGCAGGGGAACCUGGAGGCCUUGUAAGCGCCAGCAGGAGGCGCUAUUGCCCAACACUCAGCCUCUCACCUUCUGCUCUGCACUCCCAACCGUGCAGCGUUUUGUGAGCAGUGAUUGGCUGACAAGGAGGUCACGUGAGACCAGAGAUUUUUUUUGUAGCACAUUAAAAUGGAGCUUUGAUUCAGUAAAUCUGAAUGUUAUCAGAUGAAGCUCCAGUGCUCCUAAAAUCACAGCGCUCGGGUCUAAUUUACCUCAGCAAUGAAUUGUUGUUUUAAUUAUCUUAGGCUUGUGAGCAGAUGUGGUUUGAUGUGAAAGGGAAGACUUUGAAACCUGGUGGUUUAUUGAUGAAUAAAAUAAUAUAAACUUAAAUUAAUGAUAAAAGCUCUAUUCUCCACAUGAAGCUGUAAAAAGUAAACAUUUGAUUUGUGUAAAAAAAACUGAACAGGGUUAUCUCCUUUUGGUUUGGAAUGAAGGGGGCGGGGAAGUCGUGCGUUGCGGUCUGUGAUUGGCCUGAAAUGGCAAUAGUCUUUCUGUGGCAGGUUCACCAAGGAGACAAAUAUCUUUGAGCGCAAAUCAGCUAUGCGUGCUCCUGUUUAGAGACACUAAAGGUCAUAAGCUUUCAGUAAAACCUCACAAUCACGUGAUAAAGACUCAGCUUUAGAGCUGAGAGGAGAUCAGUGGCUGGCAAUAGUGCAGUUUGAAGAUUGCUUAAAAAAUAUUAUUGAAACAUCUUUAUUUGUGCAUUUUAAUCAGAACCUCCAGCCAACCAGCUUCCUCCGUUUCCAGGACUUUUCCUCACGCGCUUUAAUGUAAUCAGCAUUAUUGAGUAAGUGCAACUUUGGGGAUUAUUUAUGGGCCCGCGCGCUGUUGUGAAUGGCUGUGAGGAAACACGUGACGCCAUUAAAGUUUGUUUUAUGGCCCGGGACUUGACAAGCCAAAAUAUAAUUCUCAGUCAGCGUGUCCAGAUGGGCUGGAAAAACGUUUGUGCUGACUGGGAGCGGACUCUUCUUCUGCAGCAUGGACGCUGCGCGCUGCUGCUCCACGAGCUGCGGUCUCUGUGGGGAGCAGAUGAAGGGAUGAGAUUCGUGUAACUCUUGGAUGACCCCUUCCUGACAAAGACAGUGUCCAUCAAUUGUCCUCAGUCAUUAUCCACUGCUUUUAUGCCACAGGGCUUUUUGUAGCUUUUGUUGCGUUCUCUGUUCAGCACCAUGCCUCCAACUUGGACAAAAUACAAUCUAAGUUCAGGUGAAAGAACAUAUAGUUAAUAAAAUAAAGCAUGCAUAGUCGCAUCUGUUUAUUUUCUGCAUGAUAGGUUUUAGAUUUGAAAGUUGAAGUAGGGUAUUUGCUUUUGUUUGCAGAAGUUUCACUCUCUGUUUCUACAAAGUGCAUGAGGAUUGUUUAUUGUUUGUUUUUUCCACCAGGGUCCUAUUAUGCUGCGUCUUCAUUUAGGUAAAAAACGCACUUUAGUUGUGUGUUUACUCGUGUUUGGACCAGCAUCACCUCCAUUGGCCGAUCUGGUCACAUGGUUCGCUAACUUUAUUCAGUUGACACCAAGUAGGAGGGCUCUAUGGAGGGAGGAAAAAAAAGAGUACUCGAGAAAAAUUAGUAUUUUUCUACCUUCAGAAAUUAAUGGCCAUGAGUUCGUAUAUGGUGAACUCUAAGUAUGUGGAUCCAAAAUUUCCUCCCUGCGAGGAAUAUUCGCAAAAUAACUACAUACCUGAGCAGGGCUCGGACUUCUACAGUCCUGCGCAGGACGCAGACUUCCAGCAUCCAGGGAUCUACCCACGGUCAAACUACCCGGAGCAGCCCUUCAGCUGCAGCACCGUGCCGGACUCCACGGUGCAGCCACGGGGUCAUGUGCACGACCGAGUCGGCCACCCGAGUCAUUUUAGCGCACAGACUGAGCAGGCCCCCCCGGUCCAAGUGGCCGGACCUCGGACUUGUGGACAGCAGGAAAACACAAAGAGCCAGAAUGGGACACAGAACAAGCAGCCAGCUGUGGUUUACCCCUGGAUGAAGAAAGUUCACGUAACUACCGUGAACCCGGACUACACGGGGUCGGAGCCCAAACGGUCCAGAACCGCGUACACCCGGCAGCAGGUUCUGGAGCUGGAGAAGGAGUUUCACUUUAACAGAUACCUGACCAGGCGGCGGAGGAUCGAGAUCGCCCACACGCUGUGUCUGUCCGAGAGGCAGAUCAAAAUCUGGUUUCAGAACAGACGCAUGAAAUGGAAGAAGGACCACAAACUCCCCAACACCAAGGGCAGAUCGGCACCGGCCUCCAGCCAUCUGCAGAAGGACAGCCAGACUGAUAUCACAGCGCUAUAAAGGAGCGGAGACGCGGAGGAAAAGACUUGUACAUAAAGAAGGCUGCAUCUGACGUUUUUGCAUGGACUAGUUUCGUUUUAAGUUCUUUAUUUUUAUUUUAUUUUAUUUAACACAAAACGACUCCAGCAGCUCUGAUUCAAGACGGAAUCAGAAACACACUCUGUCUUUGUUACUAAAAGGUUUGCAAGUUUUAAAUUCCUCAUAAAAACAAAGAGAAAAACACAUUUAUGUUAUUAUUUGAAGUAUGAAUUUGAUCGAAACACGCAUCUGAGUUGGCAUCUUCUCAUUUGGAAGAUUUAAAAUUGGCUCAAUUCGUUCAAAUAACUUGAAAAUGUUUUUAUUUUUCUAUUAAACGCACAAUUAAAAGGUACUUGAAAUCAGCAUUUAUUGCAUAUAUCUCCCCAAACACGCCUGAACCUUAUUUUUUUUCUUUUGCGUAAUUUCCCGCUGUAUGUUUCAGCGACACCUCCUUUUUGUAUAUUUUAAUUUAUUUUGUACAAAAACAUAAAAUAAAACUUUGAAAUGUUCUCAGCCUAAAAAUGAUCCCUAAGACAUUCCUGCGCGGGUGGCACUCAGAGGGCCCUUAUAAAUCUCUCCUGACAUCUUUGUAAACAUUUUCCGAGUUCUUCUCAGGCUAUUUGAGACAUGAACGAUCAUUUGUUCCGUCAUGGCACCAAAUUCAUGUCGGAUGUUUCUCCUCGAACCAAAAUUGCGAGUCUUUAGGAUUUUUUGGAACUAUUUUUAUUUAUUUGCUCCCAAAAUAUUUUUUCCACUUUAUUUAAACAAAAAUGUUCGUUAAAUCUUAAUGAUCACAAAAAUAGCUUUGUGUUGUAUUAAAAGGUCUACGUUCAGUAAAAAAUCUGGUUUCUUUAGUCAUUUACAUCAAAGGAACCAGAAUUUGAAAGUGUUCGCUUUCAGGUCACAUUUUAAGACAUACAUUGUUUUUGUUUUGUUUUAAAACGUCAUUGUCUUACUACACACACAAAAAAGCCCAGAAGCUCUCCCAGUAAGAGAAGCUAUCUUCUCUGAAGUGAUGAGACAGUUGAAAAGGUAUUUCAACCGAAAGUCGACAAAAGCAGCAGAGGCAGGUUCAUCCAGGGGACACAUUUCAGCCGCAGGACUGACCCCAGCACCCCUCUGACCCGCCGGACAAGCAGCAUUUUCUCUCCUAGGCGCUACUGCUCAAAAAAAAGAAAAAAAAAGAAAGAAAAAAACUUCUGAAGUUCCUUGAAAAACGAAUUGACAGUAAGAACUAGUAAAUUUUACUUUUACACGUGUUUUGGUUGUAUGUAUGCGACGUGCAGGCCCCUCGAGGAGAUUCGGAUUUGUGCAUUUGUCUCCUCAUGUCCAUAUGCAAUCUGUCUUUUGUCGUUUUUUUAUUUUCGUACAUGCUUUUUACCUUGUACGGUGCAUUGAGAUGUGAGAAUUAUAUUAAAAUAAUAAAGAUUUCUACUGAA